UUCGCUUCCCUACAAGGAAUAGAAUAGAUGAGCUAUCGAACUACCUUAUUAGCUAUUAAAAUUCCAUAGGUAGUUCCUUGCGGAAUCUGUUUCGCCAAUUUGAGUAGCCACUUUCACAAGCUGUUCACUCGUCAGCUGGUCGCUAUACGCGAGCCUACGCCGAAAGUACCAGCGAAAACUCGUUUGUGGUUGAGCUCCGACUAUCAACAAUCUACCCAAGCUAAUCACAUGUUCACGAUACACAAGGACUUCUAAUCAGAAGAGGACGCCUGGAGUGAAAACAGAACAUAUUUUUGGAAUACACGUUUUCAUGUAUACAACACUAUUAAUCCCGUAUACAGAUUAAAAUCAAAUACGCGCUCAUAAUCAAAAGUAGUCGUAGCUCAUCCCUGCGCUCCAUAUUUAUAAUGUACAGUGAGUGUUCAUAAGCGUGCGUGUUGCUUAUAUUGGUUUGUAGACGGGACCGAAACGGUUGAUGCGUAUAAGAGUGAGAGACAUACAAAGCUUCUUAAACAAAACAAAAUGCCCGCCAGUGCCUAGAAUCAGCCGACUACGAGCGUAGCAUCGAACUUUGCGAAGCAAUCUUGAAGCAAGAGACCGAUCACUAUACCGCACUGCUCCUCCUUGGUGCCGCAGCGACCGCAUCAGCUAAUUCGGGUGUGUCAUAUCUCCUAAUCAAUCUGUUUCGUAACCGAUUUAUUUAACAGUGACAUUUUCUUGAUAAAACUAUAUUGUAAUUUACAUUACCUUGUAAUAGAACAUAGAUCAAACGAAUGGUUAUUUAUAUAAUUAUUGUAGAAAGAGGCAGCGCUGAUUUAAACUGAUUGAAGAGUAUAAACUUUAAAGUUACAGGUACAGAAAGCAAUUGUCUAAGACGCAUUCCUAGGUACGCUGAGCCUACCGGACAUAAUCGUCUAUCUGAUAUCGAUCUACGCACUGUUGUCUUAACAGCGCACAAAGCUGCUGCUGUUUAAGUAGUAAAUUUUUGGCUGAAAUCAUAAUUGGUAUUCCGUAGUUGAAGCAUUUUCUCUAUCAAAUUUUUACCCAAGCAUGUUGCAAGAGCUGGUAACCUUACAAUAAGGUUACUGUCAUCGAUUGGAAUUCAUGGCAUUACUGUCAGUAGGUAUUUGUAGAUAAGGACAUAGGCAUAUGAUUCAGAUACACAAGGACAAAACUGAUCGAAACUAGGUAGUUGUUAAGUUUUGGCCUUAGAGGUUGAUGAAAUGUCGAAUUCUAGAUGUUGCAAACAUAGCACAAGUUGUGUAUCAUGGUAUUGCCUUAAUUUAUUGAACUAUUAACCCAAAAGCGGUGUCAUAUUUUGAAAUGUCAUUUUUCCUGCAUCACCUCUGUCCAUCUAUAAAUCAUUUACAUUUGAUGCCCAUUUGACAGUUCGUUUGUAAUGCUCGUAGUGUUCAUUACUAGAGAUCAUUCAAUAAUCGCUCGCAUUUAAAUAUUCAACCAUUUUUUAUACAUUUGUAAAAGCAGGGUAAACCUCGUCUAUAUAUAUACACGGCCAUCUGGUCAAGAGUGCUGCAUUGAAAUAAAUCUUUCAUACUACAGGUUUUACACGCUUAAGGUUUUACUUAAACACAAAAUUUGUAAGGUAUACUUUUUUCGACUUACUCUCUCCAUGGCGUUUUUCACUUCGCUCAAUCCACGAUAUUAAAUCCUUUAAAAAAAAAGUCAGUGAUUUUCGCGGCCUACAUGCCCCAUCAAAUAGUUAGUUUUUUUCGAAUGUAAACGCUUUUCGUGAAUAGCCUGGAUUUACGACAAUCCGCGCUCGUUAAGCAAGCCUAAAAAACAUUCGUCAAAAAUAUGGCUAAAUGUAUGCAAAAAAUCGUCACGAUAAAAGCCAACGGAGUCCGUCUUCUCUAUAUUGCAUCCAAGUAAAAUCUUAAACGUAUAUAGUGAGUAAUAAAUAAGAUUUAUGUAGGCAGAAUUGUUUUUUAUUGACGUCAUUUUGAACUUGCUUCCGAGUCGCUGAUCGGACACUGAUAGUAUAUAUAUCGACUAGCCACUGAAGUUUUUAUACCAGCUAUAUAUACUAGCUGCAAUUUAUUGUUUGAGCUUAGCGACCUUAACAAUAUAUCUCUACAAUUUCUUUUGCAUUCUAAAACUUUGACCAUGGUAAUUAUUGUUAUUAUAUAUAUAUAUAUAUAGAUAUGUCUUAUAUGUUAUAUUAUGUUAUAAUAUAUAUAUAUAAUGUUUAUGAUAGUACAGCAAUAAUAAGAAAAAAAUUAAUUGCAUCAAAAUUAUCUUACAAAACCUCUUAUUAUAUUCACAUCUUAUGCCAUCAAUUUCAAGCAUCUACAGUCUUGCAGACAGCUCCUACACCGCCUGGAGUCUCAACUUCAUUAUAUUUACACUCAUAAUUAUAUCGAUUUAAUGAUAUAUGGGAACAUUCGUAAAAUAUUUAUUUAUUAACAUGAAAUACUUACGUUAGGUUAUCCUAGACGAAUGUAAAUCGUAGUUUAAAACUAGACGAGACCAUCGUGCGCCUACAUUGUCCUAUAUCAACGAUUUGCUGAUAAAUAUCGAACAUAUUUUUUUGUUAUUGGCUACAGUCGUUCCUAUUCUCUUGCCGCGUUACCUUCGUACAUUUAUUCUAUGAUCCUGUUCUAGCUAUUGGCUACGUCUAAUCUGAGCUGCAGCUGGUUAAGGAUUACUUCGUUACGGUGAUCCGUGGCCUUUCUACUGGUAUAUGCUUAACACCUUUCUAUCUCAAUUAGGUCGUUCCUUGGUGUCGUUCCACGCAAUUAAUACUAUGACGCAUGCGGUCUGUUGUGAAAGAAAACACGUAUAGAAAUACCUAUAAAUAGAUAAAAAUAAACAAAGAAGAAAAUACAUAUACUUCCAAAUUUCCGUAAAGGAUAUUUCAAACCUAAUAACUUCUGCACGACUAGCAUUGUCGAAUCAAGUCUCAAUUUUUUUGUCUGCGUCAUUCUUUGUGCAGAUCAUGCUGCGAAAGCACUCAAAGCACUGGUGCGUGCCACAGAGAUUAAAAAGGACCAGAAGGCGCCUUGGCAAGGUCUGCUCAGACUUUUAAGAAAACACCCGGAACUGGACAGGCCCUUUUACCGAAAGGUCCUUCAAAGGGUUAUUGACACCACCAUGGAUGAGAAGAUCUGCAGACUUCUCUACGUUGAAAUGGCCGAACUCGACGCUGAUUGGAAACUUCUUGAUAAAAGCUUUACUGCGGGCGUUGAAGCCGAGGAUAUGUCAGUUGUCAAUCGGAUCGCUCAAGUGGCUUUGGAUCUUUUUGACAGACGACAAUGUGUUCCGGACAAUAUUGAACUGCUUCGGAAACUAACGAAGAUAAAAACUCUCAAUCCAGACGUGCAGGUACCGUUGAUUUUGAGGUACAUGUUUCUACUCCCGGCUACGGAAAUUGAGCCGGAAUUUUCAACGAUUUCGUCAGGACUGUCGACUGACAUUGUUGAUAAGCUGGCAGUAGAAAUUUUUGUGGAACGAGAAUUGGCUGUUAUUCAGCCUCAAAGAAUUCAUAAAGCAUUGCAGGCACAUCCCAAGAAGGAACUUCCCAAGUACAUCAUUAGCAAGGCAAAACUGUGUUUAAUUGCUAACGAUAUCUCUGGUCUCGAAGAAGCUUGCCAUGUCCUUCUCGAUUUAGACGCGUCAAACUAUGACGCCUGGAAAUUACGGCUUGAGGGUCUUAUGCGAACACGCCAGUUUCGCGAUGUCGAAACAACAGCAAAAGAGGCUAUUCGAGUUUGCAACAAGGAGCAUGUCGGCUAUCUCCUAAUUUAUAUAGCACGUGCGCUACACGGACAGUGUCGGUAUCGCGAGACGUUGACAGUUCUUGACCGAGCAGAGAAGGUUGGAGGAAAAGCUCGCGCAGCUCUGCGAAUUCAAUGCCUUCUUGAAACCGGGAAGGUUCGAGAGGCCUUAGAUUUAUCGGUAGCUUCCGGUGAACAGGGAUGGGCACUUCAAGCCCGAAUGGAGCUUGGAGAAGAGCUGAAUUUAGACAAUUCCGAACUUAAUGCAUAUGGAAUGACAACUGCUAUUCGAUAUCUAAUGUAUAAAAUGAGGCACAACGAUGCCUUGAAAGUUGCCACGGCCGCCAUCAGUCGAGAUGGCCAGAAUACGGAGCUAAUGACUCUGCUUGGCGAAGCCUACUUGGCGUUGGGGCAUCCAGUUCAGGCUGUAAAAUGCUUACAACAAAGCUUUCUUGCGAACCAGUAUGAUGAUCGGACGGGAAAGUUGUUUAGUAGAACACUUCGAUUACUUGGAAUUCACGACCAGAAUCUUUGUCUUCUUGAGUCAGUUACGAAGGAUGGCACGAUACACGAUGGCAACUGUUGGGCAUUUGCAGAGUUGGGUUUGUAUCAUUUGGAGCACGGAGAACCGGUCAAUGCCGUAGGUCCCCUUCAGAAGGCUAUUAACUUGAAACCGUGUUCAUUAGUGUUCGAACUACUCGCAGAAGCAUACGCGGCACGAAAAAGUUUUGCAGCAGCGGUCCUCUGUUUUUCCAAGAGCAUCGAAUUAGGAAGUGACCACGAGGCAUUCGUUAAGUACAGGUUGGCCUGUAUCGCUCGAGAUCAAAAUCAGCUCGAAGAAGCUAUAGAAUUAUUCGAGGAGGCUUUACAAGCGGAUCAAACAUCAGCUUUUUGCGCUCAUGAUAUGGCGCAAACAUGCCUUGUUCUUGCCCGCAACAAGCUUCGGGAGGCUCUGCGUGGACCAGCCAGACGCUUCCUGAGUCGCGGACUUGUCGUCGCUGCUCAGCCGAUCUGUGGUGGCCAUAGCAGGGUUGUAUGCCUCUGGAACAUACUUGGAGACAUAAUGAUGCAAGCAAUGGAGAGUAACCUAGAGCUACAACCUCCUACGGACACCAAACUGCGCAUGCUACUAGGCCUUUCAGAAGACGAUGCUGUUCUAAGGCCUGACAAACUGUGUGCUCUAGCAGAAAAGUGCUUUAUGCGAUGUUUGUCAUUGAAUUCCAAUUUACCUAAUGUGUGGCAUAACAUGGCUGUCAUGUCCGCCGCCAAAGGAGAAUUCGACCAAAGUUUGUCCUGUAUGAAACGGGCCAUCUCUCUUGAUCCCAAGUCGGCCCACCUAUGGAGCUCAUUUGGUGUUUUGGCUGUGCGAGCGAAACUUUCACCCAAAUUCGCACAAUCGGCUUUUAUCCGCGCACUUGCCAUAGAUCCCGAUCUCGCACCUGCCUGGACAAAUCUCGGUUUCAUUUACAUGAAGAGCGGUUUACUUCAUGAAGCUAACCAGUGCUUUACACGAGCUCAAGCUGUUGACCCGUUAAAUCUCGAAUGCUGGCUUGGUCAAGCCACAUUGGCAGCUACUGUAAAACAUUUUGACGCCUGUGAUCUCUAUCGACAUUCAAAUCAGCUUCGCCCUACAGGUGAAGCUCUAGUCUGUCAUAUGGCAAUCCUAAGCAGCCAAAACAACGUUAAGGAAACAAUGCCGAAGGAUGUGCCUGAGGAAAUGGUGAACGCCUGUGAAAGAUGUAUGGAUUCAUUUGAAGGACAUAAUGCCUGUGCCACUGCUGGUUAUGUGCUUCUAACACAUGGUUUAACUAUCGAGGCCGAGACAGUAUUAUCCCGUUGUGGAUGCUCAACUUGUCGCAUACUAAUGGCACAAAGUGCGGCAAUUCGAGAAGAUUGGCAGGAAUGCUCCCGUCAGCUUGAUGGUUUGGAAGGCGAAGAAGUCGAAAAACUGAAGGCUUACAAAGCAUGGAAAGUAAACGGACAACUUGACAAGGCUGUCGCACUUGUUCCUGAACUGGGAGAGAUCUACGAUAACACAAAGACAAGCGUGGAGUUAACACGUAAGUCUCUUGAACGAGCUGUGCGUCAAAAUCCUCGAUGUGAAAAAUCCUGGCGCCGACUAGCAGAGUGUCUUAUCGAAGAGGGCCGGUGGAAGACUGCAGUACGUGUCACUGAAUUUAUGGCUCCACCCCAUCAGCCUGAAGGGCUUCUGUUGUGGACGGUAGCACAUGCAAUGGCUGAUCGUAAACGAAGUGCGUACAGCGCGGCUGCGAGUCUCGUGCGUAAUUUUCCUGAUAAACCCCAGCACUGGACGCUGCUUCGAUGGACUAGUUUGGCGAUCGAGAAGCGCAACUUACCUAUACCCGACCAUUAUGAAGACGUGAACCAAGCAGAUUGGAAGGAGUUUGCGAUCAAAGUGAGGACGCUGGAUGACACACUCAAAAGCGGCAAAGUUCCUCCACCUCGAGUAUUGACCAUCGUUGAGGAGACCACUGGCGAACAUCAAUGUCGAAAGCUGAUCGAACUCCUGUCUCAGAAGAAGAUUACAAAGACAUUUUUCACACUAGCUACAGGUCUACUUAAAGCCGAUCCGCAGUCUGAGGCCGGACUAUUUUUGACAGGGCUAUGGUCAGCGGUCAACGGCUCGAAGGACUUGUAUAGUCGGUGUUUCAAUGCUUUGCCCUGUCAAGGUUCCCUCAAGAAGCUCUUAGAGCAGCAACAUAGCUAUGUGCAAAAAUCCGAAGCAGCCUUAAGAGGAGCGCACUUAGAAUAAAUACUUGAUUGUUAUUUUAAUACCGGUUCAAAAAUUCCUAUAUAUAUUUUAUUGUAUCAGUAAAUAGGGCUGGUGGAUUAGCUGUGUGUGUUUCCACUAGUGGUGACACACUAGCGAGUGAAGACCUUUUUUGAGUCCUUUGAAGACCUUUGAGCCCCUCAUAAGUAUUUGGAACGCCGAGUUUCUGUAUGGCAUACACGAACGUGUGUUACACACAAACAUCAUCUUUGUUGUUUCAAUUAAAUAAAGGUGAAAGGGCCCCAAGUUUGCAAUUACA